UCUUCCAUCAUGAGUGGAGUGUCCCUGAUGACGCCCACCAGUGUGACUGGGAGAGAAACUGAGGACAACAAAAGUUUGAGAUCUGGAUCAGUUGCAGACAGCGGGGUAUGUAUGAAGACUGACUGGACACACAAGCUAACGCAGAACAUCAGCAGGGAGAACCUUCACUAUGCCGAGGCUGGAGACGUGGCCUGUGAUCUGUGUGAAGGAAGGAAGUUAAGAGCGUUCAAGUCCUGCAUGACCUGCCUUGCCUCCUUCUGCGAGACUCACGUCAGAGAUCACUACACAGUGGAGGCACUGCAGAGACACCUACUGGUGGAGGUCACCAAAAACCUCCACAUACUUCAAGAGAACGCUCAGCUGAGGAAAGAGAAUGCAGCUAUGAAGGACGAGAUCAAAACACUGAAACGGACCAUACAAGACCUGAGGCUUCCUGACUACAUCUGCAAAGGGAAGACACCUGUACCAGCUGAUUUGACGCUGGAUCCUGAAACAGCUUACUGUGCACUCAUUCUGUCCAAGAGCCAGAAACAUGUGCGACUGGGAGAAAAGAAAACCGUCAAUCACUCCGCAAAGAGAUUUGAUAAGUAUGAGUGCGUCCUCGCCACUAAAGGCUUCCGCUCUGGACGGCACUACUGGGAGGUGGAGGUCAACAAAGAGUUCACCGUUGGAGUUACAAAGGAGUUUUCUCAGAGGAAAGGGAGGUUCAGCGUCUCACCCAGUCUGGGUUACUGGUGUCUCUAUCACUUCAGACAGAUCUUUACAGCUCUGGAGGAGCCCAGCAGGCCACUGUCCCCCGACGCUGUGCCCCGGAUUUUGGGGGUCUGUAUUGAUGUCAAUGAGAAGUGGGUCAUUUUUUAUAACAAUGAGACUAAAGCCCACAUUUACACAUUCAAACAUAUGGACUUCAAAGAUGGAGAGAAGAUCUACCCUGUAUUCAGUACCACUGAGAAAUCAGCAGAUCUGAAGAUCAGGACUGUGAGAUGAAUGUAAAGAGUGGACAGUGGUUGUAGUUGUACAAGUUAUAGUUUGCUAUUACCUAGAACAGGUUAUCAAACAUUAAACAUCAACAUUCACCCAAAUCUUUUCUCUAAAUACAUCCCCAAACCUCAAACUACUCAGACCACAUCUAUGUUUUUAUUAAGGUGGUGCAGACUUGACCAGUCAAACUCAUCCCAGACUGGACUGAGCGUGUCGGGCGUCGCU